CAAGAACCGCGUAGCAACGAAAACAAAUUAAACGUAAACAGAAACCUGCGUGACCAGUCUACUAACGAGUCGGCGGCCGCGCCGCGCCUCCAUUCGACGCGAUGGCGCUCCGCUCGCAACUCCUGCGCACCGUAUAUGCUGGCAAGCAAUCAACACGUCAGCUCCAUGGGCUGAAAGGCAAGGAGCGGGCGGGAGUGACAAGACUGAGAGAGGUCCUCGACGACCGGCUGCAGGAAAUCAAGAAGGCAAAGACUUGGAAGCACGAGAGAAUCCUCACCUCACCACAGGACACAAAAGUGAGGGUGCAGGGAGCGGAAGGGGAGUUUCUGAAUUUCUGCGCAAACAAUUAUCUAGGAUUAUCGAACCACCCCGAAGUGGUAGAGGCAGCGAGAGAGGGCCUGCGGAAAUAUGGCGCUGGGCUCAGUUCCGUUAGAUUUAUUUGUGGCACACAAACUUUACAUAAGGAAUUGGAGCAUCGCCUGGCGCAGUUCCACGGGCGCGAGGAUGCCAUCCUGUACGGGUCGUGUUUCGACGCGAACGCUGGUCUCUUCGAGUCCAUGCUGACGCCAGAGGACGCCGUGUUCUCGGAUGCGCUCAACCACGCUUCCAUCAUCGAUGGGAUACGGCUCUGCAAAGCGCAGAAGUACCGGUACCCGCACAGAGAUCUCAAUGAAUUGGAGCACUUACUGGCGCACAGCGAGGCUCGCAUCAAGUUGAUAGUAACCGAUGGCGUGUUUUCUAUGGAUGGCAACGUGGCUCCUUUGCCCGGUCUGCGAAACCUGGCUGACAAAUACCGGGCACUGCUAGCGGUGGACGACAGCCAUGCUACUGGGUUUUUCGGAGCAACUGGAAGGGGCACAGAAGAAUAUUGCAACAUAAUGGGUGCCGCUGAUAUCAUCUGCUCUACCCUCGGCAAGGCUGUGAGCGGCGCGGCCGGCGGCUAUACCACGGGGCCUAAGGAGCUCAUCACACUGCUGCGCAACGUUUCGAGGCCGUACCUGUUCUCUAACGCACCGCCGCCGCCUGUGGUCGCCGCUUCACUGAAGUCGUUAGAUCUAGUGGAGGGAAGCAGCGAGCUUCGUGAGCGCCUCCAGCAAAACACUCGCAGCUUCCGCGAGGGUGUGAAGGCAGCCGGUCUGACCGUGGCCGGUGACGACCACCCCAUAUGCCCCGUCAUGGUCGGCGAUGCUCCGCUGGCCGUUGAACUCGCCUCGGGCAUGCUACAGCGAGGAAUCUACGUGGUGGCAUUCAGCUACCCAGUGGUACCAAAGGGCGGCGCGCGAGUGCGCGUGCAGCUGAGCGCGGCGCACACGCCGGAUGACGUCACCCGUGCGGUGCAAGCGUUCGCUGACGUCGGCAAGACCAUCGGCCUUGUUAAGGGCUAGGCUGUAUUUCAGUUGAUAAGGCCUUGAUUUCGAGUUGAUAACGUACGCUGCGUAAACCUUCACAUUAGGACAGAAUAAAUAAUACUACCGUCUACCAUACAAAAAGUCAUACUACUAUUCCUUUCGACUAUUUAGGGUUGUCAAAAUUCAAGUCUAUCUUAUCUGUGGCCGUGCAAGGCAAAGGACAACACAACUUGAUUGUGCCAACCGUAAUAAUUGCUCGGAGCAAUGCUGAGCCGAACGGAAACGGAGCCGAGUUUGCCCGAAGUCAGGAGUGUCUCCCCACUGACAUUAGAGAAAAAAGCACCAUUUAAUAUAGCACAUGCAUGACGCAGUAUAUGCCAUGACUCGGAGCGUAAUCGGCCUUAAGACCCAGCAAACGUUGAUGCUAGUUUCGUGACGUCACGGCGAUCUUAGGAUAUUAUUGCACACCUAAGAUCAGGGAGGUGAGGUGGUGCUUUAAGUUUGGAAGACUUCGGAAUGAGACGCUUGUUUUUAUAUGUAAGUAAUUGAAGGAAUUUACUAGGAACGAUUAACUAUCGAUCCAGUGAAAGACCUGUGUGUAAAAUUAUUAAGAUAGCAUUGUUACAAUGAAUUUAUGUGCAAAUAUGUAAAUAAACAAAUAAAAUAAU